UCAGAGAAGCGGCGGUCCCAUUGGAGAAGAGGGCGUGGUGAGGAAGCAGGACGAGCGAUGGCCAACGGCAACGAGAGCAGCGAGGGCUCCAGCAACCCCUUGGCGGCGGCGGUGGCGGCGACCACCGGUGGCGUGGCGGGUGGCGAGUCCUCCUCGCCCGUCUCCACCUACGCCAAGCUGGUCCUCCUGGGCCUGAUCAUCUGCAUCAGCCUGGUGGGCAACCUGGUGGUGUCUCUGCUGGUGCUGCGCGACCGGGUUCUGCACAAGGCGCCGUACUACUUCCUGCUGGACCUCUGCCUGGCCGACACCAUCCGCUCGGCCGUCUGCUUCCCCUUCGUCCUGGUGUCCAUCAAGAAUGGCUCGGCGUGGACGUACAGCGUGCUCAGCUGCAAGGUGGUAGCCUUCAUGGCCGUUCUCUUCUGCUUCCACGCAGCCUUCAUGCUCUUCUGCAUCAGCGUCACGCGCUACAUGGCCAUCGCCCACCACCGCUUCUACGCCAAGCGCAUGACCUUCUGGACAUGCGUGGCGGUGGUGUGCAUGGUUUGGACGCUGUCGGUGGCCAUGGCCUUCCCGCCCGUCUUCGACGUAGGCACGUAUAAGUUCAUCCGCGAGGAGGACCAGUGCAUCUUUGAGCACCGCUACUUCAAGGCCAACGACACGCUGGGCUUCAUGCUCAUGCUGGCCGUCCUGAUCCUGGCCACGCACGUGGUCUACAUGAAGCUGCUGCUCUUCGAGUACAAGCACCGCAAGAUGAAGCCCGUCCAGAUGGUGCCCGCCAUCAGCCAGAACUGGACCUUCCAUGGGCCCGGCGCCACCGGCCAGGCCGCCGCCAACUGGAUCGCGGGAUUCGGACGCGGUCCCAUGCCCCCCACCCUACUGGGCAUCCGGCAGAACUUGCACAACCAGAACCGCCGCUUGCUUGGCAUGGAGGAGUUCAAGGCCGAGAAGCAGCUUGGCAGGAUGUUCUAUGUGAUCACGCUUUUUUUCCUGGUGCUCUGGUCCCCCUACAUUGUGGCCUGCUACUGGCGGGUCUUUGUCAAGGCAUGCACUAUACCCCACCGGUACCUGUCCACCACUGUGUGGAUGAGCUUCGCCCAGGCUGGAGUAAACCCCAUCAUCUGCUUUCUCCUCAACAAGGACCUGAAGAAGGGACUCAAGGCUCACCUGCCACCUUGUUGUAGGACUAAACCUCAACUGCCCCGUGAGCCUUACUGCGUCAUGUGAACCGAAUGUUUGUUUGUUUGUUUCGUUCUGUUUUGUUUGUUUGCUUUAGUUCUUUUUAAGGUUUUAGGUGGAGGGUGGGGGAAGGAUGAAACGUUUGGGGUUCAAAAGAAGUGGUAGAUGACAUAAGAAGGGCAUGAGGAACUAUUUGAGUUGUUGUGGCCUUUGAUUCAGUGCAAGAUGUUUCUUUUGUUUUUGCUAAAAAGGAAAGUCUGAAUUCACCUCGAUGCUAAUUUUUCCCAGCGCCUGCUCCUUUAGGGAAGGGACUGGGUUUUGGAACGAUGCUCUGUUAAAAAAAUUCAUGUAGAUUUAAAGAAUUUUAUCCGAAGCAUGAGAGCGGUACUGUUUUUUGAAAGCACUGAAAAAAAAAAACCACUACUGAAGAUCCAAAACCUCUUUAUUGAAUGUAUGACUACAUGAUAAAGAUGAUGGUAAGAAAAUGCAUAAUUGUUACAUUUGGCUGUUAAAUCUGGAAGAAUAGUUGUCACAAAAUAUGUUUACUGAAAUACACUCCUUUAAGAGCUUCCUAUGCCCAUAUCUAGAAAAGUCUUCUAGUGGGGCAGUGAUGCUCACUGUAAAACAUGAUUAACAAGAACAGCCUCAGUGCAUGUAUGUAACAAUACCUUUGAAAUGGAAAAGAUACGAACUUGAUAACGACAACAAUAAUAAUAAUAAUAAUAAUAAUAAUAAUAAUAAUAAUAAUAAUAGCACCAUUUCCAAGUUCUGAUGGACUAUUUAUGGGUCAGAUGAUAUAUUUUACAAGUAAAAGAGUGAACCAAACCUAGUUUGGGGACUAAAUAUUUAUUUAGAAUGAGAAAAUGACCCUGAUGGCGAAGUCAGUCCCUUGUGUUCUCAUGCCUAGUGCCAGAUGGUCCUCAGAGAAUAUAAUGUACAUGGAAAGAGAAAGAAGUGUCUAUGACUAAUAAUUUCUCAUCUGCUUGAAUCAAAGGCAUCAGGAACAUUGCCAAGUUGAAAGGAUUAAAAAAAUACUUUUAUCACGAAAUACAGCAUAUAAUUUGCAGUGUAAUAGUGAAAGAGUGAAUUUGCUGCAGUUAGCUUCUUUUAAUUUAUCAUAGGCUUUGUAUUAUUAAGUCUUUACCUAUGUCUUAUAAUGAUUUAAUCAUUCAUGUAAUUUAAAGAAAGAUGAUAUCUUUCGUCGCAUUGCACAAACCUCUUAAAAUCCUCAUGUCAGGAAUGAAUUUGUUUGAUGAAGCUUGGACGCUGGAUUCGGCGUCUGGUUAUGCUGGUGUUCAGCAUGCAGAUAACUAUUUGACUCAAUAGAUUGUUGGCCCAAAUUGAUUGACCACAACAGACUGAGCAUAGCAUCAUCUGAUGAGAGCGAAUGUAUUAGUUAGCUUGAGUGAGGCACUGAGAAAGAACUGUCCCAACCCUCCCACUACAAUUCCCUAUGAAAUACACCUGGGCCUGAGAGACGUACUUGAAUUACUUGAAUCUGUUUGGGUGCACAACUAGGCCAGUCAAGCAUUCAACAUGAUGUUGUGCGGUUAUGUUGCAGAAGUCAUGAAGGAGCUAUACCUAAACCCAUUUCUCUUACCGGAUUUCAAAAACUUAGUUUAAUGUUUACAUGCUGUACUUGUGUCUCUUGAGGAACAAAACAUCAGUUUUACUCAUGGUACCUGUGAAUAAGACUGCAGCAGAGUUGCAGGGACAGUUACAACUGAAGUUAAAAGUGAAGUUAAAACCAGGCAGUCCAGAUAAAAGCAAGCGAAACUGGGUGCAGUCCAUGCUGAAAAAGAGCCUCUUACUUGAUGGAUUCAUUCAAUAGGUUGAUGAGUGUCGCAUUCUGAGCUGAUCGAGAAGGCUAUAGCGGAAAUAUUCGGAGCUUUCAAAGUUUCAGUAUUACCAGCCGUGAUGACACAAACAAGAUUAUAGUCAAGGAGGGCUCGCUUGGGCCUCUGAAGAAUGUUUGGAUUGUUCUAGAAUUUACUCAUCUUUGGUCUUAAUUAGAUGAUAUGAGCUGCCAUGCAGAAAUGGGAGGAAGGAGACAGACGAUGCCUGAUAAUGAUGUUUUUUGCACACAGCUUGAAGAAUUGUUGAUCAAUUUAGCGUUUAUCUGGCAUUACAUUGACUUGAAACAGAAUUCCGCUAAUGUGUAGACUGGGACAAAGAGAUUGUAAUAUUUAAGUGAAUGUUACAGACAGCUUGUGGAGAUGGAACAUGAAAUCUGUUUAUUCAGUAGGCUAGACUCUGGGUUUGGAAACGCCAGUUCUUUUCAGCACCCAUGCACCCAUUGUUGCAAAAGAACAAUAAUCACGGUAUCAAAAAAAGCAAAAAUGAUUAACAACAUGCAACAGGAAAAGUAGAUGAUUUUUUUCUGUAUUCUACAUUAAUGGCCUUACUCCAUCAUGAAGCAAGAGAAAUCUGACAACUUUAUGCCUAUAUUUGAUGAAAUAUACAUGCAGAAAAGGCAUAGAAUACAGGACUGGGGAAAACACAACACUGUGUAUUUGUUGCCUAAUUGAGGACGUGUCUCAAUCCCCCCCACAGACUGGAGGAACAGAAAAAAAGAUCAAGCAUCAAAUGGAUCAAAGCAACUUGACAAAAAAAAAAAAUGUUGCCAAAUUGUGACAUAAGAGUGUCCAAUUUUGCAUAGCGAAAAAGCGCAGGACUUGAAUACAAACUUAUUUCCCAUGGAAUGAAAAGAAGACUUACUUGAUUCUUGUGGAUUAUUUUAAGACUUUUUUUGUUUUGUUUUUUGUUUUCUCUUUCUCUCUCUCUCUCUCUUAUCAUUGGGUGGGUUGGAGGGAGGACAGCUGGGUAGUGUUCAUAUUCAACCAUGGAAACCAGGACUGGAAAAAGAAGCAGACUUUGGGUUGGUGUUGGGGA